AUGUCGAAAAAUGAUGAAAAAAAAGGAACAUUAGGUGAUCCUCGUGAAGAUAUAUCAGGUACAGCUGGUUUAGAACGAACAGUAGGAACAACAUCAACAUCAACUGGAACAGCAGAACGAACUGGUGUAACAGCUGGCAUAUCUGAUACAGGAAAUCUUGAUCAUUCUAAUACUAGUCAAACUGAUCAUCAACAUUUUCAAGUAACAUCUGAUUUAGCUAAUUAUAGUGGAGCUGCUGGUUCAACUACUAUUCCUUCGAAUAAAUAA